AUGAAUGGUACAGAAGGAGAUAACUUCUAUGUGCCCUUGUCCAACAAGACAGGACUGGUGAGGAGUCCGUUCGAAUACCCCCAGUACUACCUGGCUGAACCCUGGAAAUUUUCAGUGCUGGCAGCCUACAUGUUCUUCCUCAUCAUAACAGGUUUCCCCAUCAAUUUCCUCACCCUGUAUGUUACCCUUGAGCAUAAGAAACUUCGGCAGCCCCUCAACUACAUCCUCCUCAACCUGGCUGUGGCCGACCUCUUCAUGGUCAUUGGUGGAUUUACUACCACCAUCAUCACCUCAAUGAAUGGCUAUUUUGUCUUCGGACCAAGUGGUUGUAACUUCGAAGGCUUCUUUGCUACACUUGGCGGUGAAGUUAGUCUUUGGUCCCUUGUGGUUCUUGCUAUUGAACGAUAUGUGGUUGUCUGUAAACCCAUGAGUAACUUCCGAUUUGGCAAUCAACAUGCCAUGAUAGGUGUUGCAUUCACAUGGAUCAUGGCCUCGGCUUGUGCCGUACCCCCACUGAUGGGAUGGUCCAGGUAUAUUCCUGAGGGAAUGCAAUGCUCAUGUGGAAUCGAUUACUACACUAUGAAACCUGAAGUGAAUAAUGAGUCCUUCGUCAUCUAUAUGUUUGUUGUGCACUUCACUAUCCCUCUAGUUAUUAUAUUCUUUUGCUAUGGUCGCCUGGUCUGCACAGUGAAAGAGGCUGCAGCCCAGCAACAGGAAUCAGAGACAACCCAGAGGGCUGAGAGGGAAGUGACGAGAAUGGUGAUUAUCAUGGUGAUCGCCUUCCUCAUCUGUUGGACACCAUAUGCUUCAGUCGCUAUCUUCAUCUUCACCAACCAAGGCAGUGACUUUGGGCCGAUCUUCAUGACUAUCCCAGCUUUCUUUGCCAAAAGCUCAGCUGUCUACAACCCUCUCAUUUACAUUCUGAUGAAUAAACAGUUCCGUAACUGCAUGAUCACCACCCUUUGCUGUGGCAAGAAUCCAUUUGAAGAGGAAGAGUCUACCUCAGCCAGUGCCAGCAAGACAGAGGCUUCCUCUGUCUCCUCCAGCCAGGUGGCUCCUGCAUAA